AUGGCGGGAGGCCGACCUAUGGCUGUGGCGGAGACGAGAUGGAGAUAUGCCGCCGCCGGAGAGGAUGUCACGUCUGUGUCGCCUCGUUACUGUGUAUGUGUGUCGGUGCUAACUUUCAUGAUCGGAGUUGGUGAGCAAAAUACCUUUGAGGCUGAGACCGGAGGCCGGCGGAGGAGGCUGGAGGCGGAGGCCAGACGCGGUGAGGCUGGAGGCGUCCUUGAAGGCCGACGCCAGAGACCGAGGCCGGAGGCGGACGCAGAGGCGUGGGCAGAGGUCGGAGAACCGGAGGGGAGAGACGUGAGGAGGCUGAAAGGCGAGCGACAAGACGAGGCUACGUGCAAAAGAGACGAUUUGAGUCCUUCGGGAUGUUCGAGGACUUCGAGUUCAAGUUCACUACGACCGCCUCGUGCAUCAUCGAAUGAUCCAAACCUGAAUUGGGCAAUGAGAAUGCCACUUUCGAGAAAGAGCACAUGGAAACAUAUACUGCGUAUAGAGAUGAAAAAGGAGAACCAGAUGAAAAGGAAGAUGGGGUUCCGAGAAAAAAGACUAAAAGAAGGGCCAAGGCAUGGAAACACUUUUUGA